CCUGCUUCUGAAAGCUUGCAGUUUGUCCGGUCCGAGAAGAUGUCCUCACCCGGGAAUCUACCCUGCGGCGCGUGCCGGGAAUACUUCUCCCUAACAGGGCAGGGUCUCGCUGAUCCAUUGCCUUUAUGGAAAUAGGGCCGGAGGUGAGAGAUGACGGCAGAAAGGGGGAAUCCAGCAUCAAGUCCGAAAUCUGCCAUGACCUCUGCAGACUUAAAGCACGCGUGGCGUACACAGGUGUUCGUUGCGGUCCUGUCCAAGGUAGUAGCCUCCUGCUGAGCUCGAGGGAGAGAUCUGCCCUGAAGGGUUCGAGUCGGCAUCUUGCUAACACUCGUGCAAAGAGCGGUUACGCAGGCUUUUGAGUCUCGACAUUUUCCUGACGGAUGGAGGCGUCCUGCCUCGAGCUGGCGCUUGAAGGGGAGCGUCUGUGCAAGGCUGGAGACUUCAAAGCUGGGGCAGCCUUCUUCGAGGCAGCUGUGCAGGUGGGGACGGAGGACCUGAAGACUCUCAGUGCCAUCUACAGCCAGCUGGGCAAUGCCUACUUCUACCUAAAGGAGUAUUCAAAAGCCCUGGAGUACCACAAGCACGACCUCACACUAGCCAGAACAAUCGGGGACCGGAUCGGAGAGGCCAAGGCCAGCGGCAACCUCGGGAACACAUUGAAAAUCCUUGGGCAGUUUGAUGAAGCUGUCGUGUGCUGCCAGAGACACCUGGAUAUAUCUCAGGAGCAGGGAGACAAGGUAGGGGAAGCCCGAGCGCUGUAUAACAUUGGCAACGUUUACCAUGCCAAAGGGAAGCAGCUGUCUUGGAGCGGGGCCCAAGACCCAGGCUACUUGCCUGAGGAAGUCAAGGAGACGCUCCAGAAAGCUUCAGAGUAUUACGAGAGAAAUCUGUCUCUGGUGAAGGAGCUGGGGGACAGGGCCGCACAGGGCCGUGCCUACGGCAAUCUUGGCAACACCCAGUACUUGCUCGGCAACUUCAGCGAAGCCAUCGCUUUCCACAAAGAGCGCCUCGCCAUCGCCAAGGAGUUUGGGGACAAGGCGGCCGAGAGGAGAGCGUACAGCAACCUGGGCAACGCGCACAUCUUCCUCAGCAGGUUCGACAUCUCGGCGGAGUACUACAAGAAAACCCUCCAGCUGUCCAGGCAAUUGAAAGACCAGGCGGUAGAAGCUCAGGCUUGCUACAGCCUUGGAAACACCUACACGCUGCUCCAGGAGUACGAGAGAGCCAUCGAGUACCAUCUAAAGCACCUGCUGAUUGCACAGGAGCUGGGCGACAGAGUGGGAGAAGGAAGAGCCUGCUGGAGUCUCGGAAAUGCCUACAUCUCCCUGGGGAACCACGAGCAAGCCCUGCACUUUGCACAGAAACAUCUUGCAAUAUCCCAAGAGAUCGGGGACUGGAACGGGGAGCUGACGGCUCGCAUGAACAUGGCCCAGCUGAAGACCGCCCUCGGCAUGGUGCUGGGCGACGAGGAUGGAGACUGCGCCCAUCACUACGCUGGCUAUGAAGCGCAAGGAGCCAGGCCUAAAAGGAUCCAGAGGAGCAGCAUGGACAGCUUGGACCUCUUGAAGUUCCCCUCUGAAAAGGAGCAGAACGGAGACAGCCACCACAUGGGUGACCUGAAGCUGGCGGGAAAGGACUUCUUGCCCCUGCCUGUGAGAUCCAAGAGGUACCGGGAGAACCAGCCCAGUUCGGAGAGGAAAUCCCAGGAGUCCAGCACGUCCCCCCUGGAUACCAGAGAUGUCCGAGUCCACGUGUCUCAGUCGAAGAUCCCGCGGACGCCGUCGGACGAGGAUUGCUUCUUUGACCUGCUGAGCAAGUUCCAGAGCAACCGAAUGGAUGACCAGCGCUGCCCGCUCGAGGAGAGCCAAACUGAGGCCGCCGAGGCUGCUGCCACCCCUGUGCCCGCCUUGGAAGAAAGAAUAUCGCAGUCCUCUCUCAUGGCAUCCCCGCAGACGGAGGAGUUCUUCGACCUCAUCGCCAGCUCGCAGAGCCGCCGGCUGGACGACCAGCGUGCCAGCGUGGGCAACCUGCCCGGCCUCCGCAUCACACACAACAACCUGGGGCACCUGCGCGUAGAGGGCGAUGCCCAGGAGCCGGGGGAUGAUUUCUUCAACAUGCUCAUGAAGUGCCAGUCGUCCCGCAUCGACGACCAGCGCUGCGCCCCGCCGGACACCAUCCCCCGUGGCCCCACCAUGCCGGACGAAGAUUUCUUCAGCCUCAUCCAGCGGGUCCAGGCCAAGCGCAUGGACGAGCAGCGGGUGGAUCUGGCCACAGCCCAGGAGGAGGCGGUACCCGAGGAGCUGCAGCCGCAGCCGCAGCCUCCGCCGCGGCCCAGCUCCAGCUAAGAGCCUGGGCUGGGUGGGUCCCGUCCCCUCCACGUCGUCUGUCCAAAAACUGAGGGUGCCUGCUCCGCCACGGACGUUGCCUCGGAGGAGCAGCCUCGCCCCCGGAGACGCUGGGGCGGGAGGGCCUGGAGGGUCCUCGGAGGCAGCGAUGCUGGCACAGGCCGGCGGAGAGGGGUUUUAGCAGAGGCUUUUCUUAGGCAACCCAGGACUGUGCUGCUGCUGAGGCACUGUCCACCAGCCGACGUGGAGCACCAGGGCAUUGCGUCGGUGGAUGGAGAGGAGCCGCAAGGGGCCAGGUCUUAGAAGAGACGUCCAGCUUGCUUGGCCCCUUGUGAGCGUGCUCCAGGCUGGAGGUGCUGUGUCUGCAGCCCCUCGCUUUCCUUACUUCGGGAUCCUUCCUCUUCCCCUCCUGGCGCGUGCGUGAGGGAUGUGGAGCCGUCCCUGCCACGUGACAGCGCGGGGCGCACGGACAGAGGUCCAGUCCCUAUGGCUACGGCUGUCCGGCGCCAUGCACAGCUCCCUUGGCACAAAUUGAGACCUGUUCAGCCAGGGGAGAGCUCGUGCGUGCCGUUCCCAUAGCCCGUGCCAUCUCUAAGCUGCCCGUAGAGAGCGGCCCAGCCAGAGACAUGAGUUAUUCCCCCAGACGAGGCCCUGCCACCUGUGCAGUGCUGUUGCUGCAGGGGCAGACUACAAGAGCCUGGCUGGAGGCCGUGUCUCCCAGCUGGGGCCAGUGUGACCAGCAAGAGGGGUGCCGAGGGGUGCCAGGUAGCAGGGGUCAAAGCCUGCUGUGCAGCACCCUGCGCUUCAACACCAGUCUGUCCAGCAUGACCCCAGCCUUGUGCAUUCACCAGCAAAAGAGCCAGGCAACCCUUCUGCUGCCGGGGUAGCUGAAGCCCUUGCCUAGGGCAGGCAUGUGCCAGGCCGUGCCUCAGCUGGCGCUCAGCACCGCACGGACCCCGCGGCGUUUCUGGCUGGCUCCAGCAGGAGCUGCUUGUCGCCCAUCUCCUCCUCCGCCGGUCUUUUAAAGCCCCCCACCCAGCUAUGCCAGACAAUCAGGAGAAGCCGUCCCCUUUCUGUCGGCCGAGAGCAGUCUGCAGGGCGCAGGGGGUCUCCUUUUCCAGCCCUGGGGAUCUUACGCAAAGGGCAGGUCGGGUCCGAGCAGCAGCAGGAGGGUUGAGGUCCCUGCUGCGUUUCAGCCCUUCUGGGCCAGCCCAAGCUGGGAGCUCGGACUUGAAGGUCCAGCCUGAGCGACAGGCCCCAGAUUUGUCUGCGUAGGAAAAAAACAAGGGGAAGAGUAAAAAUGACAGGCCAGGGCCAGCCUCGCCUUAGAGGAAGAACCUGCCGCUAGCCUCUUGGCAAACCCCCAACUUUUGGCUCGUGCGGUUUUGCCAACAGUUUCACGAGGAAGAUUCCUCUCCUCCAAACUAACCUGUCCGUGAAAAAUGUCAGCAUGGCCCAGCAGCGAGGCAGGGGGCUCGUUGCAUCCCCCCAGAUCAGCCAGAACUGCGCGUCUAAGGCAGCCGGGCAUUUAGCCUAAAUGAGGUCCUGUCUGGAGGGGUGGGGGAAGACUCAGAAGUGAGGGGUACGGUAAUAGCUGAUCUGCUACCGGAUCUGUUAGAGUUGGGAGUGACGGGAGACAAGUGUUCGGGCACAGAAAUGCCCUUGCUCAGGUCUGGGACGGAACGAGCUUUCCCCUUGAAGCCCAUUUUAUUAACGACAGUCGAAAUUGGAAGUGAUAGUUGGUGACAACUCCUUCCUGAGCGCUUUGCCUGGCUCGACUGGCUCCCCGUCCCAAGGCACCGCUUCUGGAGGAAAGAGCGGUUGCUCUCGUGGUACCUAACGGUGCAGAUGGAGAUGACCCUGACCACAGCCAAAGCGCCUCGGGCUGCCGUUCCACCACUGACCAGAAGUGACAACCUUUGACUGCGUCUCCCCACGGACAGAACUGUGCCUUCGUCUGAUUUAGGAGGAAAGUGGGUUUGUAACAGCAAAAUCCCCAGCAGACAACCACCCCUGCAGCCUGCCCCUUUGGGAAGAAAGGCCGUGCAGCCCAACAAAGCAGUGAUCAGGCGGGAGUCGCAGUCACCCCCGGCUGCAAGGGACUCGUCGGCGAGGCGAACGGGCAUCGUGUUGACUCCAGGAAGACCCUCCUCACCCUUGAAAUCUGCUCCCGCCAUAGCAGAUGAGGGAGCCCUAGCAGACCCACCACAUCCAGCCGUGGUGCCCUCAGCAGCGAGCGACCGGGAUUCGUAGAAACCUCCUUCAAACCACUUGUUAUGGAAAGAGCUGGCUUUCUGCAAGACACAGGAGACCUCCACAAAACCAGGAAAUCUCCCAGACAUACCAAGAAAGCCGGGAUUUACAGCUGGGCCUCAGCUCCCAGCGCACCCGUUCUGCUGAAUGUGCUCGCCUUCAUCCAACCACGACACUUCGGCCCACUUCUUUGAAUGGAAACUCUGCACCAACCCCCAGCUACCACUGACCGCACGCCCCUGCGUUUCCUCGACUGGAGGAAGAAGAGAUCUAGCAAUUCCAGCUGACGCUCGAUGAGCCCGGCGAGGUUGUGCUCUUGGUCUACACUGCUCAACAAAAGAGUUGCUACUGACAAAGACCCUGCCUAAAUACCAUGCGCAGAACCUGCCGGUGCAGAUCUACCACCGUCCUGACCCAUAAAGCCACCCGAAUCCACGGUGCUUCAACACGUCUAUCACAAACAGCGCCGAGGGCCUUCGUGGAAAGUGUGUGGGUGCAACUUGAUCACCCCCGCCUCCAGAACAAGCUCCCAGGAAAGGGAUGUGGCAAUUGUGUCUGUGGUGGGAGAGCGCACCCCACAGCAGCCACAACUCCACCUCCUACCUCCAGUCCUUGUCCUCCAAGGAAACCCACACAACGCCUUUGGAAAUGAGUCUGGGAGCAGAAAAGCUCAUCAGCCACGGCCACGAGACAGGCGGUCGUGCAUUGUGCAGUUCGUUAGGACUUCCCUGCUCCGUCCUCCGAGGUCACCGUGCUCCACAGCCGGUUCAGAGCUCUGUAAAUGAACAGGACCCAAGCGGGGUGAAGGGCAUCUGCUGUAGCAACCUGUAACUGCUCCGAUCACUUAAAUCAGAAGCAGGCAGCACGUUUCUGCCUCCCCGGAGAGGCACAACGAACACAACGGGGCUGAAGUUGAGCUCAGGCAGAGCUGCUGCUUUCCCAGACCAGAGCAAGGGCCUGUGCGUGUCCCAGGCACGUGUUGCAUCUCUCCCAACAGUAAAACUGAUCCAAUAGCAGAUGUUACCUCCCCUCACAAGGCUUGCUGGAGACUCGCCUUCCCCCGACGAGACCUGCAGAAAACGGCUGGCGUGGACGAUUGAGCCAUACCGCAGGACCAGCUAAACCCGGACUGCCAGUCCACGUAGGUACCGAACUACGUUGCAUUCGCCAGGGGCCGGGAGGGUCUGACAACGCGGCCUGCUGCGGCCGGGAGUAGCCCUUCCUCCCCGCGUCCACACAGCUCCAGCCCCAAGGUGAACUGGAAGCCGUUCCUCUGCUCCCAGCAGUGUUAAUGAUUCGCCAUAUACUUGAAUGUAUUAGCGUAUUUAUUUUUUACAUGUGCAUUUGCUAAUGUCAUUUUAACGGGGAGUUUCCAACCCAGAAGGUACUUCGGUUUUUGUUUUUUACUGGGGUGGUGGGGGAGGGAACAAAAGCAAGCUGCCAAAUGAAGUAAUAUAUAGAAAUCAACACCACGGGGGUGGGGAUGAGUUGUGCUUAAUAAAUAUUUGUGGUUCAAGCUUC